UAAACAAUAUACUUAACUCAUAGUUUCUCACACCCGGAAAGUGCCCAGGCUCCCACAGGGCCCAGCCUCCUCCAAACGAUGGCAUGCUCUCUGUCCCAAGGGAUUUCGCACCCUGUGCGCAUCUGGAGAAAAGCAGCUGCAUUUGCUCUCCCAGAAGGCGGGAAGCUGGAAGCAGUGGCCCGGGCAGUGACAGGGGAUGUCCGCUCGGGCCACCCAGCCCCAGCGGAGAGGACGUCUGUUUGCUGCCACACGCCGGGGUGCCCGUCUGCUCCCAGGACAGCUUCACGGUGUCCCAGCCUCCGCCCCGGUGCGGCUGGCUGCAGGCCCGGCUGCCGGUGCCUGCAAGGCUUUUUCCCCCAGAGACCAGGGGCUGCGCACCCGGGCUGAGUCCGCAGCCCCCAACCCUGGGCACCACCGAGGGGGAUUCUGAGGGAAGCCCCUGUAGCUGACCGCAGCACGAGGGGGCAGGCCCGGGUCCCAUGGGGCCGGCGGCACCGGGCACGGCGGCGGCGAGGGACCGGCGGCGGCGCGGACUACAACUCCCGGCAUGCCCCGCGGCGGGGGGCGGGUCGCGUGGCUGCCCGCGCCUGUCGGGCUCCGUCGGUGGCGGAGCUGCGGGCCCUGCCCGGCCGGUGCUGGGGCUGCGGGUUCCGCCGGGGUCUCGCAUCGCUGCCGCCGCAUCGCAUCGCUGCCGCCGCAUCGCAUCGCUGCCGGGCUCGAACACGGACCCGUAGUAGCCCACGUAGUGGCCCUGUAGCCCAUGCUGACCGCGCGUGUCGGCGGGGCCUCGCCGGGCGGCAGCGCCAUGGGGCCGUGGGGCCGGGGCCUGCCGUGGGCUCUGGUGCUGCUCGCCUUGCGCGGAGCGGCCGGCGCCCGCCCCAGCUUCGUCCUGUUGCUGGCGGAUGACCUGGGCUUCGGAGACCUGGGCAGCUACGGGCAUCCUUCUUCGGCCACGCCCAGCCUGGACCGGAUGGCUUCCCGAGGGCUGCGGUUCACCGACUUCUACAGCAGCUCCCCGGUGUGCAGCCCGUCCCGGGCAGCCCUGCUGACAGGCCGGUUCCAGAUGCGCUCCGGGGUUUACCCUGGUGUGUUCAGCCCAGACUCACGGGGAGGCCUGCCGCUGUCUGAGGUCACCAUUGCUGAAGUGCUGAAGGCUGAGGGCUAUGCCACAGCCAUGGUUGGCAAGUGGCACCUUGGCCUGGGGAUUAACGGCUCCCUUCUGCCCAUUCAUCAGGGCUUUGACCACUUCUUGGGUGUGCCCUACUCUCAUGACCAGGGCCCUUGCCAGAAUCUCACCUGCUUCCCACCUGACGUCAAGUGUUUUGGGACUUGUGACCAAGGCUUGGUGCCAGUCCCACUGCUCUGGAACCAGAGCAUUGUGCAGCAGCCAGUCUCUUUCCCUGAUCUGGUGCCACUCUACAACAAAUUCUCCCGAGACUUCAUCGCUGACUGUGCCCGACGAGGCCUCCCCUUCCUGCUCUACUAUGCUUCCCACCAUACACACUACCCUCAAUUUGCAAGCCAGGAGUAUGCAGGGCAGUCACGGCGUGGGCCGUUUGGUGAUGCGCUCUUGGAGUUUGACGGCUCAGUGGGACAGCUGCUGCAGACACUGCAGGAAAAUGGUCUUGCAAACACGACCUUGGUGUUUUUCACCUCUGACAAUGGGUGAGUAGGCUCAGCAGCAGGGAUUUUGUCACUAAUAAGAUUCGGCUGCCAUGGUAUGGGGGAACUGGAAUGAGGCAUUGGUUGUCUGGAACAAAAGGGAUGUGGUGUGGCAUUGCCAGGUGAGACCCCGGUGACCUGAAGUAAGGCAAGAGGUGGGUGCUGCUCUGGAGAGGACCCAGUGCAGUCCUUGUUCCUGUGA